UUCUCUGCAGGGCAAUCAUUUGCUGACAACUUAUCAGGCGUAAACAGAUCCUUCAGCUUCUCAGUUCAUCAUGUCCUCGGAUAAUACUUUGGAUGACGAGGAUACCUUCAAGAUUCUGAUUGCCACAGACAUUCACCUUGGUUACCUCGAGAAGGAUGCCAUCCGUGGGAACGACUCCUACAACACCCUAGAUGAAAUCCUGAAAUGUGCAAAGACUAAUCAGGUAGAUUUCAUCCUCUUAGGGGGGGAUUUGUUUCAUGAGAACAAACCAUCGCGCCGAUGCCUCCACAACUGCAUCACUGUGCUCAGGAAAUACUGCAUGGGAGACUCACCCGUAACCUUUAACAUCCUCAGCGACCAGACCGUCAACUUCAACACCACACAGUUCCCUUGGGUGAACUAUCAGGAUGAAAACCUGAACAUCUCCAUUCCUGUGUUCAGUGUUCAUGGCAACCAUGAUGACCCAACUGGGGCUGAAGGUUUGUGUGCAUUGGAUCUGCUAAGUGCCUCGGGUCUUAUUAAUCACUUUGGCCACUCCCACUCUGUGGAAAAGAUAGAGAUUAGUCCCAUCUUGAUGCAGAAAGGCAGCACCAGACUGGCUCUGUAUGGUCUUGGUUCUAUCCCAGAUGAGCGGCUGUACAGGAUGUUUGUGAACAACCAGGUUAGCAUGCUCCGCCCAAAAGAAGACCAAGAUGAGUGGUUUAACCUCUUCACAAUCCACCAGAACAGGAGUAAGCAUGGUCCCACAAACUACAUCCCUGAGCAGUUCCUCGAUGAGUUCCUUGACCUGGUGGUGUGGGGUCACGAACAUGAGUGUCUGAUAGCGCCAACCAGAAAUGAGCAACAGCUCUUUUAUGUGACACAGCCAGGAAGUUCCGUAGCAACCUCCUUGUCUCCUGGAGAGGCCACAAAGAAGCAUAUUGGUCUCCUGAGAGUGAAAGGCCGUAAGAUGAACCUGAAGAAGAUCCCUUUAAAAACUGUUCGUCAGUUCUUCAUUCAAGAUGUGGUGCUGGCAGACUAUGAAGACCUCUUUACACCUGAUACUCCUCAGGUCACUAAGAAAGUGGAAGACUUAUGCUAUGCUAAGGUCUCAGAGAUGUUAGAGGAAGCUGAGCGGGAAAGACUUGGAUGUCCGCUCACCCCAGAGAAACCGUUAAUCCGGCUGAGGGUGGACUACAGCGGAGGGUUCGACACAUUCAACACCUCUCGGUUCAGUCAGAAGUUUGUCGACCGAGUGGCCAACCCCAAAGACAUCAUUCACUUUCUGAGGCGGCGUGAGCAAAAGGAGACCGUCAAAGAUGAAGUCAAUGUCGAUUAUGGCAAGCUGUUGAAAACAGCUGCCGUUGAGGGGCUGAGAGUGGAAGACCUCGUCAAACAGUACUUUGAGGCAGCGGAGCAGAAGGUACAGCUGUCCCUGCUGACAGAGCAGGGCAUGGGUAAGGCCAUUCAGGAGUUUGUAGACAAAGAUGAGAGGGAUGCCAUUGAGGAGUUGAUCACCUACCAGUUAGAGAAGACACAACGCCAUCUUCUGGCCAGAGGAGUCAUCACAGAACAAGAAAUAGAUGCAGAGGUUAGAAGUUUCAGAGACUCCAAAAAGAACACGACAGAAGAGGAAAAUGACAUCAGAGAAGCAAUCAGCAGAGCCAAGGCUCACCGGUUAGAGCGAGGGGGCGACCCUGUGCAAGUGGAUAUGCCAGAUGACUUUGCAGAUGUCACCAUGGACUCAGAUGAAGGCUCGGUUCCAUUUCCUGCUCCCACACGAGGCAGAGGGCGAGGAGGCAGAGGGCGAGGUGGCCGAGGCAGAGGCCGAGGUGCAGCUGCUUCUGAACCAAAACCAGCAGGUCGGGGCCGUUCACAGAGGUCCUCCACAUCCACCCAAAGCAGAAGCAUAAUGCAGGCAUUUCAGGCUCCAUCCCAGAGAUCUCGGACUGGAGCGUCCUCAUCUUUUACAGCUGAUGAAGUGACCAUUGAUGACUCUGAUGAAGACAUGCCUAAUAUAAAAGCUGCCAGACCGCCUACAAGGCCCUCAGCAUCCUUUCCUACGCGCAGCUCUCAGAGCCAGAGCCAAUCAUCACGAGGAAUUGCGUUUGAUGACAGUGAUGAUGAUGAGGAGGAUAACCCAUUUAAAGGCCCAAGACAUCGUGCAAGAAAAUAACCUCAAGUGUUCACAGUAUGUGUCAUGUGGAAUUGUGGUUAAUCUGAAAACACAUCUCAAAGUGAGUUGCCAUUCAAUAUGCUCAGCCAUUGUCGCAUAAGGAAAACAACCUCAAUCUUAUUAAGGAUUAAAGUUUGCAUGUUGCAGGAAAAAUAAUCCCAUGUAGAGGUAGAGAGCCUCUUGUCUUCUAUUUUAAAAUUUACCAACGAUGGUUGAUAUUUCUCGUUUUUUGUAAUUUUUCUGGGUGUAAUAAAUGUUUUUCUAUACUUAAUGAAGUUUUUUUUUUUUUACAUCCCCACGUUGCCCCCUGCUAAGUCACAUACUAUCCUCGUGUCAUAAAGUGAACCUAAACCUAGAUUAACAGGUUAUAAAUGACGUUUAGUUAUUGUAAACAGGUGAAGUUUGGCUAUAGCACAUUACAUAAAUAAAU